AUGGUCGAGCGUGUGGACAAGAAGAAGAAGUAUAGCUGCAGUGCAGAUCCGGCCAUGGUGAAACAUCAAAGGAAGCUGGAAAAAGCCGAGUGGGAUGUGAAGCAGUUCUUGAUGAAGAACAACUUCCCGCAGAAUCCCAAUGGCCAGAAGGGUAAGUUCUUUGUGACCUUUCCACUGCAUGAAGCAGUGAAACAGAACAAUCCAUACAUCACGUGGGCACUUCUCAUCUUCGGUGCACGUCCCAAAACCAAAGAUUGGUGGGGCCGAACGGCUUACGAGUACGGUGGUCGAGCAGUCCGCGAAGUCUUUCAGAAGCUGGCUAUCUCUCCCACAUCCCCGAAAAGGUCGGGUUCCAACCUGAUACGCUUUCCACCGCCAUACGGUUGGGAGCGUUUCUUCGCAAGGCUGGGGAAUGAUCCCUUGACCGUACCAAACCGUGAAGAACUAUGGUUGCAGGAACUUGGAGACGGGGCAUUGCGCUGA